AAAUUAAAAAAUAAAUAAAGUUAAAAAAAUAAAAACAAUUAAAAUGAAACAAAAUCAACGAGUGCCUUGUCUCAAUAUUGAAAUUGCGGAACAUUUUUGUUCUGAUUGCGAUAUUCGUUCAAAUGUUAACAGCGAAAUACGCGAUACGUAUGCGCGAUCAAAUUUUUACUAUUUGUCAAUAUUAUGUUGUUUGAAAAGAAAAACCAUUUCAUCUUAUCUGCGUUACUCAUUUCACAUAUUAUUAAUAAUUUGUUUAAUCACAUCAGCUUUCGGGUGUGGUCCUGGUAGAAGUUUCGGUUUUAGCCAUCGCAGAAAUCUUAAUUAUCGCCCCAAGCCGUUAGUACAAAAAGAACAUGUUCCGAACAUACCUGAACAGACAUUGGGCGCAUCGGGAGUAAGUGAAGGCGCUAUAAAGCGAGAUUCGCCAAAUUUUAAAAAAUUAAUUUGGGUUGAAAGUGAUUAUAUAGUAUUUAAGGAUGAAGAAGGCACUGGAGCUGAUCGUUUUAUGUCCAGACGAUGCAAAGAUAAAUUGGAUAUAUUAGCCAUAUCGGUUAUAAAUCAAUGGCCAACGACUCGUUUAAGAGUAAUUGAAAGCUGGGAUGAAGAUGGCGAAUACUUGCACGGUAAAAACUCUUUACACUAUGAGGGACGAGCUGUAGAUAUAACGACAGAUGAUCGUGAUACUAGCAAAUAUGGUAUGUUGGCACGUUUAGCUGUAGAGGCCGGCUUCGAUUGGGUCUAUUAUGAAAAUCGUGAUUAUAUACACUGCUCUGUCAAAUCAGAUUCGUUUCAUACGCCUCACGAUAGUGGCUGCUUUACGAAAGAUAGCAUCGUUUUGACCUCAAAUGGCAGUACAAAGGCUAUGAGUGAUUUAAUAAUUGGCGAUCGGGUGCUUAGCGUAAAUGAUCAUGGUGAACCGAUAUUUAGUGAAAUAAUACUUUUUAUGGAUCGUAAUUUAGAGCAAACCGAACAAUUUAUUCAGCUAACUACUGAAAAGGGUGCUGUGCUUACGGUGACGCCAGCUCAUUUGGUAAUGAUUUGGAAUCCGGAGAAAAUGCUUGCAAGCUAUGUAUUCGCUGACCAAAUAACGAGAAAGGAUCAAGUAUUUGUACAUGAUUUUACCAAAGCUUUAAGACCGGAACGUGUUAUCAAACUUGAAACAGUGACGAGAAAAGGCGUCGUUGCUCCUCUAACCAGAGCGGGAACUAUUGUUGUUAAUUCGGUAGCAGCUUCCUGUUACGCUAUUGUAAAUAGUCAAAAAUUGGCUCAUUGGAGCCUGGCGCCUAUGCGCUUAUGGUCUAGUAUUUUAUCUUACAUGCAUCCAAGCAAUCAGUCAAAAGAGACCGUGAAAGAGGAGAAAAGAAAAAAACGCCUCGCUGUAGAAGAAUAUCAAAGCGGUGUUCAUUGGUAUGCCAAAGCUUUAUACACAAUAAAAGAUUACGUAUUACCCAUAACGUGGCGUCAUUAGCUCUCCUUCGAUGUUGUCGUGUAUAGGGGCACAAUAGAUUUGUCUUUCAUCAUUUGCUUACACGUUUUGGAUUUCCUCAAUAGAGUUCCUGUUAACAACAUGAAUCUAAGUAUAGACAUUCAUUUCGCAGCGCUUAUAUCGAAUUUUUCUCCAAUCAAGUUAAUUGAGAAUCGAUUCCAUCUGACAUAUAUAUAUGUAAAAAUUACCCAACAAAAAAAGACUUUUUCCCUGAUUGUAUUGUAAAUAGAAAGGGAAAGUGAAGAACAAUUUCGUAAGGCUCUCUUAGAAUUCAUCUUUCGGUUAAUGAGGAGGAUUUCCUUAAAAAUUUCCUAAAGUUUCGAAAGAGUUUUUCUUAACGGGCUUUUGGGAAAAUGACCCCUAAGACUUGACUACCUUUUGCUAAGACUUUUUACUAGCUCUGUAUAUUUAUUUAUUAUUUAGAAAAUUCUUUUAGAUAAAUACUUAAGAGAGUAAGCAGAGAAAUCGGUUUAUUUUGCAACAUCUUAAGAAACAUGCACACCUACCUUUUUUGGUUUUUUUUUUUUUUUUUGCUAGACAUAUAUGUAUAAAUUAAUUAUAGGAGGGCUAUAAGGACGGAAAACGUUCCUCGCUUCUCGUAUAACACGCUCGAUAUACUCGAUUUGACAAUCAUUAAUCAUAAAAAGUAGCAAUUGAAAUGAAUUAAUAUAAUUCCCACUUGGGCUGUUAAAAAGUUUAUGUCUGGCCACCAUAUCGUUAUAAGUGGCUUACGGCAGCUUACCUCUUAAGUAAACGUACUUGUGUGCGAAACGUUUGCUUAACUUAUCGCAUUGCGUUUAUUGCUUAAGCUCUUGAAAUGCCUACAAGACUUGUCACUCUGCCUGCUCGAUUAUUGAUAAAUGAACUUUUCGGAUCGAAUUAACGAGAAAAUAAUUCUUUUGAAAUAAAUGCGUAUUCUUUUGGGGCGUUGGGGGAGGAGGUGCGGCAAGUUUUGGAGACCCUUUAGUUCAACCAAAUAUAUUUGUUGAUUGUCAAGCGCUUUAGAGUUACUUGAUCAAGACCAGCAUUUCUACCAGAGAUAUGGAAGGAUGUACGUAAGUAUGUUGUUAAAAACAAUAAAAUGAAAUUUCAGUUUUUCGCCUUUGUGCAGUAAUUAGUUUGUUGUAAGCAUCUUUUUGGUCGUUCACUUUCGCACUUAGUCUAAGGACCAAAGUCAAGAAUAUAUUAUGUACUCAAUUUCUUUCCUAACGUUAGAAGACCGACGACAUGCGGACAUGUUUGAAUUGCUUUUAAACUUUCCGCCAAUUGAAAACACGCACAAUUACUACAGAUAGAAUAACGAAACUAGCUCCAGAUUGCGGCGAUAGAGUGCUUGAAAAAAAUAGUGCAAUAUUUAUGAAAAUUACUUUAAAAAAAAAAUUUUUUUGUUUAAUAUGAAUAAUAAAAA